UAGCGGGCGCGGGAAUUGGCCCUCGGCGCUCGCCGUAGCUCGGCCUGGGAGGCGGUCGCCGAGCGCCGGGGGCCGGUGACAAAGGAGGGAACCGGAGGGCCGUUUGGGACCGGAGGGAGCGGGCGAGGGUCAGGGUCCCCGUCCCCCGCGACGUCCCCCCCCCGCCCCGGCCAGUCUGGCGCCCCCCCCGGCCUCGACGCAGGCACCUGGCUCGCCUGGUCCGGCGCCUAGAGCGAAGGUAGCGGCGGCGACAGCGCCCCCUCUGGCCCGGCGGCGCCGCCUCAGGCUCGGCUCGGCGCGGCGGGGCUGGCGCGGGGGCCCGCGGGGGGUGGGCGGCCGGGGGGCUGUUUGCCCGGGCGCGGCGCCGGCUCCCGGCUUCCCCCCCGGGCCGGGGUUGCUGGGAGCUCCGCGGAACCCAGGCCGGGGCUCCUCCGACUCCGGGGUCUUAGAGCUGCUUCCCGAGAGGCGCGCGGAAUGCGUCGUUUCCCUCCCUCCUCAGGCCCCCGGGGCCCAGCGGAAAGCGGGUCCUGGCCUCCCGCGGCCCCGAGAAACGCAAGAGGCUGGGAUGAACUCAUGGACCUGAAACCAUUCUCUUAAGAAACAAAAUAGUGCAAAAAAAAAUGGCGUUUGUUGCAACACAGGGGGCCACAGUGGUUGAUCAAACCACUCUGAUGAAAAAAUAUCUUCAGUUUGUGGCAGCGCUCACUGAUGUAAAUACACCUGAUGAAACAAAGUUGAAGAUGAUGCAAGAAGUUAGUGAAAAUUUUGAGAAUGUAACAUCAUCUCCUCAAUAUUCUACAUUCCUGGAACAUAUCAUCCCUCGAUUUCUUACAUUUCUUCAAGAUGGAGAAGUUCAGUUUCUUCAGGAGAAACCAGCCCAGCAACUGCGGAAGCUAGUACUUGAAAUAAUUCAUAGAAUACCCACAAAUGAACAUCUUCGUCCUCAUACAAAAAAUGUUUUGUCUGUGAUGUUUCGCUUUUUAGAGACGGAAAAUGAAGAAAAUGUUCUUAUUUGUCUAAGAAUAAUUAUUGAGCUACACAAACAGUUCAGGCCACCGAUCACACAAGAAAUUCAUCAUUUUUUGGAUUUUGUAAAGCAGAUUUACAAGGAGCUUCCAAAAGUAGUGAACCGGUACUUUGAGAACCCUCAGGUGAUCCCCGAGAACACAGUUCCUCCCCCAGAAGUGGUUGGCAUGAUAACCACUGUCGCUGUGAAAGUCAACCCCGAGCGGGAGGACAGUGAGACAAGAACGCAUUCCAUCAUUCCUAGAGGAUCUCUUUCUCUGAAAGUGUUGGCAGAGUUGCCCAUUAUUGUUGUUUUAAUGUAUCAGCUCUACAAGCUGAAUAUCCACAAUGUUGUUGCUGAAUUUGUGCCCUUGAUCAUGAAUACCAUUGCGAUUCAGGUAUCUGCACAAGCCAGGCAACAUAAGCUUUACAAUAAGGAAUUGUAUGCUGACUUCAUUGCUGCUCAGAUCAAAACAUUGUCAUUUUUAGCUUAUAUCAUCAGAAUUUAUCAGGAGCUUGUAACUAAGUACUCUCAGCAGAUGGUGAAAGGAAUGUUACAGUUACUUUCAAAUUGUCCAGCCGAGACUGCCCACCUCAGGAAGGAGCUGCUGAUCGCCGCAAAGCACAUCCUCACGACAGAGCUGAGGAACCAGUUCAUUCCUUGCAUGGACAAGCUGUUUGAUGAAUCCAUACUGAUUGGUUCAGGAUAUACUGCUCGGGAGACUCUAAGGCCCCUUGCCUACAGCACGCUGGCUGACCUCGUGCACCACGUCCGCCAGCACCUGCCCCUCAGCGACCUCUCGCUCGCUGUCCAGCUUUUUGCCAAGAACAUUGAUGACGAGUCCCUGCCCAGCAGCAUCCAGACCAUGUCCUGUAAGCUCCUGCUGAACCUGGUGGACUGCAUCCGCUCCAAGAGCGAACAGGAAAGCGGCAACGGGAGGGACGUCCUGAUGCGGAUGCUGGAGGUUUUUGUUCUCAAAUUCCACACCAUUGCUCGGUACCAGCUCUCCGCCAUUUUUAAGAAGUGCAAGCCUCAGUCAGAACUUGGAGCAGUGGAAGCAGCUUUGCCUGGGGUGCCCACAGCCCCUGCAGCUCCAGGCCCUGCUCCCUCCCCAGCCCCAGUUGCAACCCCUGCCCCACCCCCAUCCUCAGCCCCAGCCACACCUGUGACGCCAGCACCAGUGCCUCCCUUUGAGAAGCAAGGGGAAAAGGAUAAAGAGGACAAGCAGACAUUCCAAGUCACAGAUUGCCGGAGUUUGGUAAAAACCUUGGUUUGUGGUGUCAAGACAAUUACGUGGGGCAUAACAUCAUGUAAAGCACCUGGUGAAGCUCAGUUCAUUCCCAACAAACAGUUACAGCCCAAAGAGACUCAGAUUUACAUAAAACUUGUGAAAUAUGCAAUGCAGGCAUUAGAUAUUUACCAGGUCCAGAUAGCAGGAAAUGGACAAACAUACAUUCGAGUAGCAAACUGUCAGACUGUUAGAAUGAAAGAAGAGAAGGAGGUAUUGGAACACUUUGCUGGCGUGUUCACAAUGAUGAAUCCCUUAACAUUUAAAGAAAUUUUUCAAACUACAGUCCCUUAUAUGGUGGAAAGAAUCUCAAAAAAUUAUGCCCUGCAGAUUGUUGCCAAUUCUUUCUUGGCAAAUCCUACUACCUCUGCUCUGUUCGCUACAAUUCUGGUGGAAUACCUCCUUGAUCGCCUGCCAGAAAUGGGCUCCAAUGUAGAGCUCUCCAACCUGUACCUCAAGCUGUUUAAAUUAGUCUUUGGCUCAGUCUCUCUUUUUGCAGCUGAAAAUGAGCAAAUGCUGAAGCCUCACCUGCACAAGAUUGUGAAUAGCUCGAUGGAGCUCGCCCAGACUGCCAAGGAGCCCUAUAACUAUUUCCUGCUGCUUCGGGCAUUGUUCCGCUCUAUUGGUGGAGGUAGCCAUGAUCUCCUGUAUCAGGAAUUUUUACCUCUCUUACCAAACCUACUGCAAGGACUGAACAUGUUGCAGAGCGGCCUGCAUAAGCAGCACAUGAAGGACCUGUUUGUGGAGCUGUGUCUUACAGUGCCCGUGCGGCUGAGCUCGCUCUUGCCGUACCUGCCCAUGUUGAUGGACCCCUUAGUGUCUGCGCUCAAUGGCUCCCAGACACUGGUUAGCCAAGGCCUGAGGACGCUGGAGUUGUGUGUGGACAACCUGCAGCCCGAUUUCCUCUAUGACCACAUUCAGCCGGUGCGCGCCGAGCUCAUGCAGGCUUUAUGGCGCACCUUACGCAAUCCUGCUGACAGCAUUUCUCACGUGGCCUAUCGCGUCCUGGGUAAAUUUGGUGGCAGCAACAGGAAGAUGUUAAAGGAGUCCCAGAAGUUGCACUAUGUUGUGACAGAAGUUCAAGGACCCAGUAUUACUGUGGAGUUCUCAGAUUGUAAAGCGUCUCUUCAGCUCCCAAUGGAAAAGGCCAUUGAAACUGCUCUGGACUGCCUGAAAAGUGCCAACACUGAGCCCUACUACCGGAGGCAGGCGUGGGAGGUGAUCAAGUGCUUCCUGGUGGCAAUGAUGAGUCUAGAGGACAAUAAGCAUGCACUCUACCAGCUCCUCGCACACCCUAACUUUACGGAAAAGACUAUACCCAGUGUCAUUAUAUCACAUCGAUACAAAGCACAAGACACUCCAGCACGUAAAACAUUUGAGCAGGCUCUGACUGGGGCGUUCAUGUCUGCUGUCAUUAAAGAUCUCCGACCCAGUGCCCUGCCAUUCGUGGCCAGCUUGAUCCGUCAUUAUACGAUGGUGGCCGUAGCCCAGCAGUGUGGUCCUUUCUUGCUACCUUGCUAUCAAGUGGGAAGCCAGCCCAGCACUGCCAUGUUUCACAGUGAAGAAAAUGGCUCUAAAGGAAUGGAUCCCUUGGUUCUUAUUGAUGCUAUAGCUAUUUGUAUGGCAUAUGAAGAAAAGGAACUGUGCAAAAUUGGGGAGGUGGCCCUGGCUGUGAUAUUUGAUGUUGCAAGUAUCAUCCUGGGCUCAAAGGAGAGGGCCUGCCAGCUGCCCCUCUUUUCUUACAUUGUGGAGCGCUUGUGCGCCUGUUGUUACGAACAGGCCUGGUACGCCAAGCUGGGGGGUGUAGUGUCCAUUAAGUUUCUCAUGGAGCGGCUGCCUCUCACUUGGGUUCUCCAGAACCAGCAGACAUUCCUCAAAGCGCUUCUCUUUGUCAUGAUGGACUUAACUGGAGAGGUUUCCAAUGGAGCGGUCGCCAUGGCGAAGACAACCCUGGAGCAGCUCCUGAUGAGGUGUGCAGCACCUUUAAAAGACGAGGAAAGAGCUGAAGAGAUUCUGUCAGCUCAAGAAAAGUCUUUUCACCACGUGACCCAUGAUUUGGUUCGAGAAGUCACCUCUCCAAACUCCACUGUGAGAAAACAGGCUAUGCAUUCACUGCAGGUCUUGGCCCAGGUCACUGGAAAAAGUGUGACAGUGAUAAUGGAACCCCAUAAAGAGGUCCUCCAAGAUAUGGUCCCACCCAAGAAGCAUCUUCUCAGACACCAGCCUGCCAACGCGCAGAUUGGCCUGAUGGAGGGGAACACAUUCUGUACCACCUUACAGCCCCGGCUCUUCACGAUGGACCUUAAUGUGGUGGAACAUAAAGUUUUCUACACAGAGCUGUUGAAUUUGUGUGAGGCUGAAGAUUCAGCUUUAACAAAGCUACCCUGUUAUAAAAGUCUUCCGUCACUUGUACCUUUACGAAUUGCAGCAUUAAAUGCGCUUGCUGCCUGCAAUUACCUUCCUCAGUCAAGAGAGAAGAUCAUUGCUGCACUCUUCAAAGCCCUUAAUUCCACAAAUAGUGAGCUCCAGGAGGCAGGAGAAGCCUGCAUGAGAAAGUUUUUAGAAGGUGCUACAAUAGAAGUAGACCAAAUCCAUACGCAUAUGAGACCUUUACUUAUGAUGCUGGGAGAUUAUAGAAGCUUGACGUUGAAUGUUGUGAAUCGUCUGACCUCGGUUACUAGGCUCUUCCCAAAUUCUUUUAAUGAUAAAUUUUGUGAUCAGAUGAUGCAACAUCUGCGCAAGUGGAUGGAAGUGGUGGUCAUAACCCACAAAGGGGGCCAGAGGAGCGACGGAAACGAAAGCAUUUCAGAGUGCGGGAGAUGUUCCUUGUCUCCAUUCUGUCAGUUUGAGCCUGCCAUGGAAGGGGUAGAGGAAAUGAAGAUCUGUUCAGCAAUUAUAAACCUUUUUCAUCUGAUCCCAGCUGCACCUCAAACUCUGGUGAAGCCUUUGUUAGAGGUUGUAAUGAAAACAGAACGGGCUAUGUUGAUUGAGGCCGGCAGUCCUUUCAGAGAGCCUCUGAUCAAGUUCCUGACUCGGCACCCCUCACAGACAGUGGAGCUGUUCAUGAUGGAAGCAACACUAAAUGAUCCCCAGUGGAGCCGAAUGUUUAUGAGUUUUUUAAAACACAAAGAUGCCAGACCUCUCCGUGACGUGCUGGCAGCUAAUCCCAACAGGUUCAUUACUCUGCUGCUGCCAGGGGGGACCCAGGCCGCCGUGCGCCCCGGCUCACCCAGCACCAGCACGCUGCGCCUGGACCUGCAGUUCCAGGCCAUCAAGAUCAUAAGCAUCAUAGUUAAGAACGACGACUCCUGGCUGGCCAACCAGCAUUCCUUGGUGAGCCAGUUGAGACGUGUGUGGGUUAGUGACGUCUUUCAAGAAAGACACCGCAAGGAGAACAUGGCUGCCACCAACUGGAAGGAGCCCAAGCUGCUGGCCUACUGUCUACUGAAUUAUUGCAAAAGAAACUAUGGAGAUAUAGAGCUGCUUUUCCAGCUACUCCGAGCCUUUACUGGUCGUUUUCUCUGCAACAUGACAUUCUUGAAAGAGUAUAUGGAGGAAGAGAUUCCCAAAAAUUAUAGCAUCUCUCAAAAACGGGCCCUCUUUUUUCGCUUUGUUGACUUCAAUGACCCUAACUUUGGAGAUGAACUGAAAGCCAAGGUUCUACAGCAUAUCUUGAAUCCUGCUUUCUUACAUAGCUUUGAGAAGGGAGAAGGAGAGCAGCUCUUAGGACCUCCUAAUCCAGAAGGAGAUAAUCCAGAAAGCAUCACCAGUGUUUUUAUAACCAAGGUCCUUGAUCCAGAGAAGCAAGCAGACAUGCUGGAUUCCCUGCGGAUCUACCUCCUGCAGUACGCCACGCUGCUGGUGGAGCACGCCCCCCACCACAUCCACGACAACAACAAGAACCGCAACAGCAAGCUGCGCCGCCUGAUGACCUUUGCGUGGCCCUGCCUGCUCUCCAAGGCUUGCGUGGACCCAGCUUGCAAGUACAGUGGACACUUACUUCUGGCGCACAUCAUUGCCAAAUUUGCAAUUCAUAAGAAAAUUGUCCUUCAGGUUUUUCAUAGUCUUCUCAAGGCUCACGCAAUGGAAGCACGAGCCAUUGUCAGGCAGGCCAUGGCCAUCUUGACUCCUGCCGUGCCUGCGCGGAUGGAGGACGGGCACCAGAUGCUGACCCACUGGACAAGGAAGAUCAUUGUGGAGGAGGGCCACACAGUCCCUCAGCUGGUUCAUAUUUUGCAUCUGAUAGUGCAGCAUUUUAAGGUGUACUACCCGGUGCGGCACCACCUGGUGCAGCACAUGGUCAGCGCCAUGCAGAGACUGGGCUUCACGCCCAGCGUCACCAUCGAGCAGAGGAGGCUGGCCGUGGACCUCUCAGAAGUCGUCAUCAAGUGGGAGCUGCAGAGGAUCAAGGACCAGCAGCCGGAUUCAGAUAUGGAUCCAAAUUCCAGUGGAGAAGGAGUCAAUUCUGUCUCGUCUUCCAUCAAGAGAGGCCUGUCGGUGGAUUCUGCCCAGGAAGUGAAGCGCUUUCGGACAGCCACAGGAGCAAUAAGUGCAGUGUUUGGGAGGAGCCAGUCACUGCCUGGAGCUGACCCCCUUCUGGCCAGGCCCAUCGAUAAGCAGCACACGGACACCGUGGUGAAUUUCCUCAUCCGAGUGGCUUGUCAGGUUAACGACAGCACCAGCACUGCAGGGUCUCCCGGGGAGGUGCUCUCUCGCCGUUGCGUGAACCUUCUGAAGACCGCAUUGCGACCAGACAUGUGGUCUAAAUCCGAACUCAAGCUCCAGUGGUUUGACAAGCUGCUAAUGACAGUGGAGCAGCCCAAUCAAGUGAACUAUGGAAAUAUUUGCACUGGCUUGGAAGUGCUAAGUUUCUUGCUGACGGUGCUCCACUCUCCAGCCAUCCUCAGUAGCUUCAAACCCCUGCAGCGUGGGGUGGCUGCCUGUAUGACGUGUGGGAACACCAGAGUCCUGCGGGCAGUUCACAGCCUGCUCUCGCGCCUCAUGAGCACCUUCCCGACAGAGCCAAGUACAUCCAGUGUGGCCUCUAAGUACGAAGAGUUGGAGUGCCUCUACGCAGCCGUCGGGAAGGUCAUCUACGAAGGACUCACUAACUAUGAGAAGGCUGCCAGCGCAAACCCUUCCCAGCUCUUUGGGACACUUAUGAUCCUCAAGUCUGCCUGCAGCAACAACCCCAGCUACAUAGACAGGCUGAUUUCUGUCUUCAUGCGCUCCCUCCAGAAGAUGGUCCGAGAGCAUCUAAACCCACAGGCAGCAUCCGGAAGCACAGAGGCAACCUCAGGCACCAGCGAGCUGGUGAUGCUGAGCCUGGAGCUGGUGAAGACGCGUCUGGCCGUGAUGAGCAUGGAAAUGCGAAAGAGCUUCAUCCAGGCCAUUCUGACAUCCCUCAUCGAGAAGUCACCAGAUGCCAAAAUCCUCCGUGCUGUGGUCAAAAUUGUGGAAGAGUGGGUUAAAAAUAAUUCCCCUAUGGCGGCCAAUCAGACACCUACACUCCGGGAGAAGUCCAUUUUGCUGGUGAAAAUGAUGACCUACAUAGAAAAACGUUUUCCAGAAGACCUGGAAUUAAAUGCCCAGUUUUUAGACCUUGUUAACUAUGUCUACAGGGAUGAGACACUCUCUGGCAGUGAGCUGACUGCUAAACUCGAGCCUGCCUUUCUCUCUGGGUUGCGUUGUGCCCAGCCACUCAUCAGGGCAAAAUUUUUUGAGGUUUUUGACAACUCUAUGAAACGUCGGGUCUAUGAGCGCCUGCUUUAUGUCACCUGUUCCCAGAAUUGGGAAGCCAUGGGAAACCAUUUUUGGAUCAAGCAGUGCAUUGAGCUGCUUUUGGCGGUGUGUGAGAAGAGCACUCCCAUCGGUACCAGCUGCCAAGGAGCGAUGCUCCCAUCCAUUACCAACGUCAUCAACCUGGCAGACAGCCAUGACCGGGCAGCCUUCGCCAUGGUCACUCAUGUCAAGCAGGAGCCUCGGGAGCGCGAGAACAGCGAGUCCAAAGAGGAGGAUGUAGAGAUAGAUAUUGAACUAGCUCCUGGAGAUCAGACUAGCACACCCAAAACCAAAGAACUUUCUGAAAAGGACAUUGGGAACCAGCUGCAUAUGUUAACCAAUAGGCAUGACAAAUUUCUUGAUACUCUUCGGGAAGUGAAGACGGGAGCACUGCUCAGCGCCUUUGUUCAGCUGUGUCACAUUUCUACAACGUUGGCAGAAAAGACGUGGGUCCAGCUUUUUCCCAGAUUGUGGAAAAUUCUGUCUGACAGACAGCAGCAUGCUCUGGCCGGCGAAAUCAGCCCGUUCCUGUGCAGCGGCAGCCAUCAGGUGCAGCGGGACUGCCAGCCCAGCGCCCUGAACUGCUUUGUGGAGGCCAUGUCCCAGUGCGUCCCUCCUAUUCCCAUCCGGCCCUGCGUGCUGAAGUACUUGGGGAAGACGCACAACCUCUGGUUCCGCUCCACGUUAAUGCUGGAGCACCAGGCUUUUGAAAAGGGACUGAGUCUUCAGAUUAAGCCAAAACAAACAACGGAAUUUUACGAGCAGGAGAGCAUAACUCCACCACAGCAGGAAAUACUGGAUUCCCUUGCUGAACUCUACUCUCUGCUACAAGAGGAAGAUAUGUGGGCCGGCUUAUGGCAGAAGCGUUGCAAGUACUCGGAGACUGCAACGGCCAUUGCCUAUGAGCAGCACGGCUUCUUCGAGCAGGCACAAGAAUCCUAUGAGAAGGCGAUGGAUAAAGCCAAAAAAGAACACGAGAGGAGUAAUGCAUCCCCUGCUAUUUUCCCAGAAUACCAACUUUGGGAAGACCACUGGAUUCGGUGCUCUAAAGAGUUGAACCAGUGGGAAGCCCUGACUGAGUAUGGCCAGUCCAAAGGUCACAUAAACCCAUACCUUGUCCUGGAGUGUGCGUGGCGGGUGUCCAAUUGGACCGCCAUGAAGGAGGCCCUGGUGCAGGUAGAAGUAAGUUGUCCGAAAGAGAUGGCCUGGAAGGUCAACAUGUACCGAGGCUACCUGGCCAUCUGCCACCCUGAGGAGCAGCAGCUGAGCUUCAUUGAACGGCUGGUGGAGAUGGCCAGCAGCUUGGCCAUCCGCGAGUGGCGGCGGCUGCCCCACGUGGUGUCCCAUGUGCACACGCCGCUUCUCCAGGCAGCUCAGCAAAUCAUUGAACUUCAGGAGGCUGCGCAGAUCAAUGCAGGUUUACAGCCGACCAACCUGGGGAGGAACAACAGCCUCCACGACAUGAAGACGGUGGUGAAGACCUGGCGGAACCGGCUGCCCAUCGUGUCCGACGACUUGUCCCACUGGAGCAGCGUCUUCAUGUGGAGGCAGCACCAUUACCAGGCGAUUGUCACUGCAUAUGAAAAUAGUUCUCAGCAUGAUCCGAGUUCAAAUAACGCUAUGCUUGGGGUUCACGCAUCAGCUUCUGCAAUCAUCCAAUAUGGGAAAAUUGCCCGAAAACAAGGACUGGUCAAUGUAGCUCUGGAUAUAUUAAGUCGUAUUCAUACUAUUCCAACUGUUCCCAUUGUGGAUUGCUUCCAAAAGAUUCGACAGCAAGUCAAAUGUUAUCUCCAGCUGGCAGGAGUCAUGGGAAAAAACGAGUGUAUGCAGGGACUUGAAGUUAUUGAAUCUACAAACUUAAAAUACUUCACAAAGGAGAUGACGGCUGAAUUUUAUGCACUGAAGGGAAUGUUCUUGGCUCAAAUCAACAAGUCCGAGGAAGCAAACAAAGCCUUUUCUGCAGCUGUGCAGAUGCAUGAUGUGCUGGUGAAAGCCUGGGCAAUGUGGGGCGAUUACCUGGAGAACAUCUUCGUGAAGGAGCGGCAGCUGCAUCUUGGAGUGUCUGCCAUUACCUGUUACCUGCAUGCAUGUCGGCAUCAGAAUGAGAGCAAAUCAAGGAAAUACUUAGCCAAGGUACUGUGGCUUUUGAGUUUUGAUGACGACAAGAACACGUUGGCAGAUGCUGUGGACAAGUACUGCAUUGGCGUGCCGCCCAUCCAGUGGCUGGCCUGGAUCCCACAGCUGCUCACCUGCCUGGUCGGCUCGGAAGGGAAGCUGCUUUUGAACCUUAUUAGCCAGGUGGGACGAGUGUACCCCCAGGCCGUCUACUUCCCCAUCCGGACACUGUACCUCACCCUGAAGAUAGAGCAGCGGGAGCGCUACAAGAGCGAUUCUGGACAGCAGCAGCCCAGUUCAGUGGGUAACCAGUCCCAUUCUGCAUCAGAUCCAGGGCCCAUCCGAGCCACGGCCCCCAUGUGGCGCUGCAGCCGAAUCAUGCACAUGCAGCGGGAGCUCCACCCCACCCUGCUGUCUUCCCUGGAGGGCAUCGUCGACCAGAUGGUCUGGUUCCGAGAGAACUGGCAUGAAGAGGUUCUCAGGCAGCUUCAACAGGGCCUGGCAAAAUGUUACUCUGUUGCAUUUGAGAAAAGUGGAGCAGUGUCAGAUGCCAAAAUCACUCCCCACACGCUCAAUUUUGUCAAGAAGUUGGUGAGCACAUUCGGGGUAGGCCUGGAGAAUGUGUCCAACGUCUCAACCAUGUUCUCCAGUGCAGCCUCCGAGUCUCUGGCCCGGCGGGCCCAGGCCACUGCUCAGGACCCCGUCUUUCAGAAGCUGAAAGGCCAGUUCACAACCGAUUUUGACUUCAGUGUUCCAGGAUCCAUGAAGCUCCAUAAUUUAAUUUCUAAAUUGAAAAAAUGGAUCAAAAUCUUAGAGGCUAAAACCAAGCAACUUCCAAAAUUCUUCCUCAUCGAAGAAAAGUGCCGUUUUUUGAGCAAUUUCUCAGCACAAACAGCUGAAGUAGAAAUUCCUGGGGAAUUUCUGAUGCCAAAGCCAACACAUUAUUAUAUCAAGAUCGCUCGGUUUAUGCCCAGGGUGGAGAUUGUGCAGAAGCACAACACCGCGGCCAGGAGACUGUACAUCCGCGGGCACAAUGGCAAGAUUUACCCGUACCUGGUCAUGAACGAUGCCUGCCUCACGGAGUCUCGGAGGGAGGAGCGUGUGCUGCAGCUGCUUCGCCUGCUGAACCCCUGUCUGGAGAAGAGGAAGGAGACUACGAAGAGGCACCUGUUCUUCACAGUUCCCCGGGUUGUGGCAGUGUCCCCACAGAUGCGCCUGGUGGAAGACAACCCCUCUUCACUUUCCCUCGUGGAGAUAUACAAACAGCGCUGUGCCAAGAAGGGCAUCGAGCAUGACAACCCCAUUUCCCGUUACUACGACAGACUGGCCACCGUGCAGGCCCGGGGGACCCAGGCCAGCCACCAGGUUCUUCGAGACAUUCUCAAGGAAGUUCAAAGUAACAUGGUGCCACGCAGCAUGCUCAAAGAGUGGGCGCUGCACACGUUCCCGAAUGCCACGGACUACUGGACCUUCCGGAAGAUGUUCACCAUCCAGCUCGCCCUGAUUGGCUUUGCAGAAUUCGUCUUGCAUUUAAAUAGACUCAACCCUGAGAUGUUACAGAUCGCUCAGGAUACUGGCAAACUGAAUGUUGCCUACUUUCGAUUUGAUAUCAAUGACGCGACUGGAGACUUAGAUGCCAACCGGCCUGUCCCUUUUCGCCUCACACCCAACAUCUCCGAGUUCCUGACCACCAUCGGCGUCUCUGGCCCUUUGACAGCCUCCAUGAUCGCCGUGGCCCGGUGCUUCGCUCAGCCAAACUUCAAGGUGGAUGGCAUCCUGAAAACCGUGCUCCGGGACGAGAUAAUUGCUUGGCACAAAAAAACACAGGAGGACACGUCCUCGCCUCUCUCGGCCGCUGGGCAGCCGGAGAACAUGGACAGCCAGCAGCUGGUGUCCCUGGUCCAGAAGGCUGUCACCGCCAUCGUGACCCGCCUGCACAACCUCGCCCAGUUCGAGGGCGGGGAGAGCAAAGUGAGCACCCUGGUGGCUGCCGCCAACAGCCUGGACAACCUCUGCCGCAUGGACCCCGCCUGGCACCCGUGGCUGUGAGCUGGGGCACGGCGCCCGCGGUUCUGUUGGGUAGCGAUUAUUCGCCUGGUAGUUGUGUGUGAAAGAGGGUGACUUUAGUUUUAGAGGCAGCUUGAACGAUGGUGAUGGCUAGGCAAUUAGAAACUUAGGGUAAGGUUUUAAAAUUUUUUAAGAAACCAGGAUUCCCCAGUCUGGAUUUUCUUUGUGGAUUCUUUUUUAAUUGUAUUCCUCCCUCUGUGUGAAUGUACAGAUCGAAUAUAGAAAACCAUCCGUAUGGUCCAUUUUUAACCCUUUGGGAAGUAACACCUUCCAGGGGCUUUGUGCUUUGUACAGAACUUUGUAACAAGUGUACAGAAAAUCCACUUUGUUAGAGAAACUGAAAAUGAUGAACAAAUUGUGCUGAUUUUUCUCUAAGUACAAGCCUUUUCGCUGUGUGUAAGCCGCUCGGGGACUCUAGCUGAUGACGUGGUGAACAGGGCUCUGUCGCCCUGUGGGCAGUGCCAUCCCCUGUGGUUUCGGCUCUGGGUUUGGCUGAGAGAAAGCAGUACUGUAAGAGGUGGCAAGUGAGUCCUAGGCUGUCCGUUGACUGGCUCUUCAGAUGUCUUCUAGACAUUUACUAUCAUUGUACCUGAAAAAAUCACUUUUUCCUUCCUAAUUUAAAAAAAAAAAAACAACAGCAACAAAAAUUCUUCCGUUAACUUCAGUCUUUCUGUUAUGUUCACAUUUUAUAAAUCUGUGCAUUGAGAGUGUUCUAUCUAAAUUUGUACAGUGUGAUUUUUUUAGAAUAAAUAUUUUAUGAAAGGA